AUGGAGUUCUGCCUGGAGCCGGAGGCAGUCAAUGGCUCAAAGAAUGACUUGAAUUUCAACCCCAUGAAGGAGUACAUGGUCCUCAGCCGUCCUCAGCAGGUGGCGAUUGCCGUGCUGUGCACCCUGCUGAGCCUGCUGAGUGCCCUGGAGAACCUGACGGUGCUUUAUCUGAUUCUGUCCUCCCGCCGACUCCGCAGGAAGCCCUCAUACCUGUUCAUUGGCAGCUUGGCUGUAGCUGACUUCCUGGCCAGUGUGAUCUUCGCCUGCAACUUUAUCAAUUUCCACGUCUUCCACAGCGUGGAUUCCAAGGCCGUCUUCCUGCUGAAGAUCGGCAGUGUGACCCUGACCUUCACCGCCUCAGUGGGCAGCCUGCUGCUGACCGCCAUUGACCGCUACCUCUGUCUGCGCUACCCACCUGCAUACAAAACUCUACUCACCCAUGGGAGGGCCCUGGCAACCCUGGGCAUCAUGUGGGUCUUGUCAGCUUUGGUCUCCUACCUGCCUCUCAUGGGGUGGACCUGCUGUCCCAGUCCCUGCUCUCAGCUUAUCCCCUUGGUCCCCGACAACUAUAUCCUGGGCUGGCUCCUGGUGGUUGCCAUUCUCUUCUCYGGCAUUAUCUACACCUACGGGCACGUCCUCUGGAAGGCCUAUCAGCAUGCAGUCAACUUGGCCGAGCACCAGGACAGACAGCUGCCAGGGAUGAUCCGCAUGAGGCUGGAUGUGAGGUUGGCCAAGACCCUGGGGCUGCUGCUGGCUGUGUUGGUCAUAUGCUGGUUCCCGGUACUGGCCCUCCUAGCCCACAGCCUGGUGGCCCCGCUGAGUGACCAGGUCAAGAAGGUCUUUGCCUUCUGCUCCUUGCUGUGCCUCGUCAACUCCAUGGUCGACCCUGUCAUCUAUGCCCUGCGGAGUCGGGAGAUCCGCUCUUCGGCCCACCAUAGCCUGGCCCGCUGGAAGGGCUACCUGAGAGGCCAUGGUCCUGAAGCAAAGGAAGAAGCCCCCAAGUCCUCCGUCACAGAGACAGAGGCUGACGUGAAAAUCACCUAG